CCACCCAGCGUUCUUUUGCAGCCGUCACUGGAUUGGUGGGGGCUGGAGGCUCAGAAGCGAAGGGGAGAGAAGAGGAGAAGCUUUUUUCAGCUUUUUUCCAGCCGCUCUCUCCUUCAGCAGCGCAGAGCGGAACGGACGCAGCUAUGAGGGAGGACACAUGAGGGGGCAGAGAGAGUCAAUGUGCCCAUUUCAUGCUGUCUGGCAGAAUCACUAAGCGCGUUCCAGAGGAGGAGAAGAGCGCAGCACUGCGUGCAUUACUGCUGAACAGUCCUGCUCCGGCGGUUCUGUGCUGGAGAAUGUGAGGAUGGAGAAGUGAGGCUGUGAGGAAUCAGCUGAGCGCAGUCAGAAGUUGCCUACAGCGUGUUUUUGGGAUGAGAAUGGGAGAAACGCUCUCGACUCUGGCUUAAAAAGAAGUUGAUUCCUCGUCUGGAAUUGGGGAACGCACAUGGACGGAAGAGGGAAAGGCUGGAGAACAGCUCUGAGAGGAUGCUCUGCUGGAGAACGCGUUCUUAAUUGUUCUUGUAUACAUUUCUAAGGUUCUCGGAUGUGAAGUGGAAGCUCUGUUGGAUUGUACGUCCGUGAAUGUGGAGAUGGACCGCAGGGCUGAAGGCUGCUGUUUGAAAGCCACUCAAAAACUGGAGAUCUAAAACUGAGCCGAAAAAGGAGAUUUACUCCGCGUCUGGAGAUCGAGGCACCUUUAAAACGCAGCGCAGAGGGAUUUAUCAUGAUUUUGCUCAAUGCUCUGGCUGUGCUCUUCCUACUGGAUGAUGUGGUGUGCUCCAUGGUCAGUUCCUCCAGCCUGUCUGGACUGGGCACUCACGGCUGGAGGGCUCCGAUGGACUGCCUGCGGGCAAGUGAGAUGUGCAACCAGAAUCCUCAGUGCAGCUCGCGCUUCCGCAUCAUGCGCCAGUGCCUGGUGGGCCGGGACAGGGCCACCAUGCUGGCCAAUAAGGAGUGCCAGGCUGCGCUAGAGGUCCUUCAAGACAGUCCGCUGUACGACUGCCGCUGUAAGAGGGGCAUGAAGAAGGAGCUGCAGUGUCUGCAGAGCUACUGGAGCAUCCACAUGGGCCUCAAUGAAGGAGAGGAGCUUUACGAGACGUCCCCCUAUGAGCCCAUGCAUUUCUCCGAUGAAUUCCGGCUCGCCUCCAUUAUUUCAGCAAUGGACUCUGCCUUGUCGAAGGGGAACCUGUGCUCUGACACAGGAAAGCCCUGUAACCCCUGCCUGGAUGCGGCCAAGGCCUGCAACCUAAAUGACACAUGCAAGAGGCAGCGGUCAGCGUACAUCGCCACCUGCAACCGCGCAACGCCCAUCACACACAACCAGGAGCCGUGCAACCGCAAGCGAUGCCACAAGGCCCUGCGGCAGUUCUUUGAGCGCGUGCAGACGGAGUUCAGCUACCCGCUGCUCUUCUGCUCGUGCCGGGACAAGGCCUGCGCCGAGCGCCGCCGCCAGACCAUCGUCCCGGCUUGCUCUUUUGAGGAGAAGAUGAAGCCCAACUGUCUGGAGCUCAGAAGGACCUGCCGCUCCGACCCUCUCUGCAGAUCCAGACUGGCAGAUUUCCACAUGAACUGCCAGACGACUCCACACUCAAUAACAAGCUGCCCCAACGACAACUACCACGGCUGCCUGGUGUCUUACGUCGGACUCAUUGGUUCGGAUGUGACCCCAAACUACGUUGACGCGAACCACACCAACAUCACCAUCUCUCCGUGGUGCAGCUGCCGCGGCAGUGGUAACCAAGAGACGGAGUGUGAGGCUUUCCUGCGAGACUUCAGGGAGAACGCAUGUCUGAGAAAUGCUAUCCAGGCGUUUGGUUACGGAGCUGACGCUGGUUUCCUCCCCAUCACUGAGUCUCAGUCUGCGUUUCCGUCAGAGCGACCCAACCUGCAGCCCGCCAUCAUCACCAAACCUGUCAUCAGCUCCAAUGACAUCAAACCUGUGGACAGCGCAUGUGUCUUCUCCACCUGUGCAAACCUAAAGGACGGUGGUCAGAAGUGUUCUCCCUCCAACAGUUUCGAAUGUGCAGACGAGAGCAUGCUGGACCCCAACAUGGACGGCUCCAUCGACUCCAUGGACUCCCACCAGUCGGAGAACAACAGAGCCAGGCAGUCGUCAGCAUCUCCAGCCAGCAUCUCUGCAGUAACCGUGAUCCUGUCCAUUACGCUAGUCAGUCAGGCCCUGUAAAUACAACCUGAAGUCUACAAUGCCAAGAACAAUCUGACGGACCCCUCCCCCCCAAGACCUUGAUGAAAAGACUUGAAAAGUGACAUUGAUCCCUCUCUCUCUUCUUUAAGUGUGUGAAUAUGUCUCACAGUCCAUCUCAAACACGUUCAAACAGCGGCCAGAAGCAACAACUGCAAAAAUGUCAUCCUACAGUACGAGGAAGCACCCAUGACCGUCAGCGCAGCAUCGCAAACUCAUCAGAGGGAGCUUUGGGAAGGCCAGAUACUGAUUAGCCUGACGUUUCUUGGGCUAGAAAUGGAGAUCACAGAGGUCCAACCAACAAACCUUUCAUCUUCAUGUCAAGAAGAAAUGGCCUGUUUUUUGAAGGACGAGACAUUCAAAUACAGAUGGCCUCAGCACUGGACUGCAUAAACGGAUCUCCUUCUGUAUAUUAGCAUCCAGUAGAGCAGCACCACACUGAACAUAAACAGCUUUCAUUUAUGGAU